CCCAAAAAAAUCACGCCGCCUCCCCAAGUCUAACCUAAUUUUUGCGAAGCCCUUCUUCCCCAACACUCUACCCUUCCUUCUUCGGUCAUGAGUACUAUUCACAAAUACUCCAGGGACGAAUUCAUUCCAAAAAGAAGAAAAACGAUUUACUCACGCAGCCGCUCAUCCCUAAAUAUUCGAACAACGACUCCAAGGGUGGACACCUCGGCACGGCCGCUCUGCACGGCGGCUGGACCACCUGCUGGUUGUUUUUCUUACGACAUCGUUUUCUGUGUGAGUGGGAUUCGUACUGCGACGGAUGAUGAUGGAACUCGGUGGACGCAUACAAAGUGGUAUACCAUUAGUGUUCAGGCUGACGGUCGCGGCAAGGUCUACCCAAAACGGCUCCGUCACUUUUGGAAAGGAAUGGUUCCCACGAAGGCUCCCUUAGCAACCCUAGGCCCCCACGUCUACUCCUUUGGGGGAGUGAACAUUUCUAAUCCGUCGUCACGGGAGAUUCGGGAGUCCUACAGAUUAAGGUUUACUCCGCAGGUAGGUAAGGAAUUUGUCCCUGUUUCUCCGAUGCUCUAUGGGAGAUCUGUUUCGGAAAUUUCGGUUCUAGGGAACAAGAUUUAUCUCCGUAAUAGUUUUUCUCAAACACCUCCUCUUCUUCAUCCUUGUUGGGGUGAGGUUUUUGACGUCGACAAUGGAAAAUGGGAAGCUCUCCCUAACCCACCAAAUUAUCCUUUUCAAUAUCCGGAAUCUAUAGUCGUUUCUGCAGUUGUUGAGAAUCCGGAAAGGGUUAUUGUGGCUUACCGUCCAAAUGCUCAUUACUCUUUUGCUACCUUCUAUGCCUAUAAUGUGCGUCAUAGGUCUUGGGGAAGGCUUGCGCCUGCUAAGCGCUUCCUCCACAAACUUAUUUGUGAUAGUUGGCCCGGAAGCUCUGUAAGUGCCGGCAACACUCUAUACUGGAUCAAACGCGAGGAGGCAUUGUCAGAUGAUAUGCUAUUCAUUGCCUACGAUUUGGAUUUAAAUAUGUGGCUAGAAGGGUGUCUUAAAGGUCACGGAAGGUUUUUUUACCAAGAUUAUGGAAUCUUGGACGAAGGGGGACGCCCUCCUCGCUUCUUCCAUCUCGAGAAGCAAAGGUUCUGCCUUUUACAGUUCUCAGAUGAAACUGACUAUAUUCGUUGUGUUGUAGUUCAUGUUUCUCCUAUGCCCCGAAUGAAGACUUUAGAUAUAGAGGUUGUCUGUGACCAAAAGUAUGCCAUGGAACGAACAACCUGCGCAGCCUUGGCAUUUUGCAACAUAGUGCGUAAGAAGAUAGAUUUGGAGGAGAAAUCAACCAUAGAUUUGGAGGAGAAAUCAACCAAUAAGGAAGCGCGAGGAGCAAAUUAUGGUAUUAGGCGUGAGAAGAUAGAUUUGGAGGAGAAAUCAACCAAUAAGGAAUUUAAGAAGAGACAUUUUGGAGAGCCUAGCACAUUGAACCUAGCCUAGCUAGCUCUCAUGUAAUUAACAUGGGCAUAUAUAGCUCCCUGAUGUACUGAUGAGCUGUUUUACUCUUUCACGUUAAAACACUAUUUGUGCUAAUUGAAUCAGCGUUAAAUACAGAAUGGGUACUUAUGCUUU